AUGGAAGGAGUGGAUCACUUGGCUCACGAGAGGAACAAGACAGAGUUCGAUGUGGAUGCGAUGAAGAUCGUCUGGGCUGGUUCUCGCCAUGCCUUUGAAGUCUCAGAUCGCAUGGCUCGUCUUGUCGCCUCCGAUCCGGCAUUUCAAAAGGAUAACAGAACUCGGCUAGGGAGGAAGGAAUUGUUCAAAAACACUUUGAGGAAAGCAGCUCACGCAUGGAAACGUAUCCUUGACCUUCGCCUUACUGAAGAAGAGGCUGGUAGGCUAAGGACUUUUGUGGAUGAACCUGCUUUUACGGAUCUUCAUUGGGGAAUGUUUGUACCUGCUAUUAAAGGACAAGGCACUGACGAGCAGCAACAGAAGUGGUUACCGUUGGCAUAUAAGAUGCAGAUAAUUGGCUGCUAUGCGCAAACUGAACUUGGUCACGGAUCCAAUGUUCAAGGGCUUGAAACAACUGCAACCUUUGAUCCUGAGACUGAUGAGUUUGUCAUUCAUAGUCCUACAUUAACUUCAUGCAAAUGGUGGCCUGGAGGAUUGGGUAAAAUUUCCACACAUGCUGUUGUUUAUGCACGCCUUCUAACCAAUGGCCAAGAACAUGGAGUGCAUGGUUUUAUUGUCCAGCUUAGGAGCAUGGAUGAUCACAUGCCUCUUCCAGGCAUAACCAUUGGUGAUAUUGGAAUGAAAUUUGGAAAUGGGGCAUAUAACACCAUGGAUAAUGGUGUUUUGAAAUUUGAUCAUGUACGCAUCCCAAGGAACCAGAUGUUGAUGAGAGUGUUGCAGGUUACAAGGGAAGGGAAAUGUGUGCAAUCCAAUGUUCCGCGGCAGUUGAUUUAUGGCACUAUGGUGUUCGUGCGCCAAUCAAUUGUAGCUGAUGCUUCUGUUGCUUUAUCUCGGGCAGUUUGUAUCGCUACAAGGUAUAGCGCUGUCCGCAGACAAUUUGGUUCACAGGAUGGUGGUGUGGAGACCCAGGUGAUUGAUUAUAAAACUCAGCAAAAUAGACUCUUCCCUUUGCUGGCUUCUGCCUAUGCAUUCAGAUUUGUUGGUGAAUGGUUGAAAUGGCUUUAUACGGAUGUGACCCAGAGGCUGCAAGCUAAUGAUUUUUCUACAUUACCUGAGGCUCAUGCAUGUACUGCGGGUUUGAAGUCUUUGACUACUACUGCCACUGCUGAUGCUAUUGAAGAAUGUAGGAAACUAUGUGGUGGCCAUGGUUAUCUUUGUGCUAGUGGGCUUCCUGAAUUGUUUGCAGUAUACGUCCCUGCCUGUACCUAUGAAGGAGACAACAUUGUGCUCCUUUUACAGGUUGCAAGGUUUCUCGUGAAGACUGUUUCUCAGCUUGGUUCUGGAAAAAAGCCUGUUGGAACAACAGCUUAUUUGGGACGAGUGCAGGAUCUUUUGCAGUGUCGUUGUGAUGUUCAAACAGCUGAGGAUUGGUUAAAGCCUAGUGUAGUACUGGAGGCAUUUGAAGCCAGGUCUGCCAGGAUGUGUGUUGCCCGUGCUCAAAAUCUUAGCAAAUUUGAAAAUCCUGAAGAUGGUUUUGCUGAACUCUCUGCUGAUCUAGUUGAGGCUGCUGUUGCUCAUUGCCAAUUAAUUGUUGUUUCCAAGUUCAUUGACAAAUUGCAGCAAGAUAUACCAGGUAAUGGGGUGAAGCAACAGUUGCAGAAUCUCUGCUACAUCUAUGCUUUAAACCUUCUUCACAAUUAUCUGGGUGAUUUCCUCUCGACUGGCUGCAUUACCCCAAAGCAAGCUUCACUUGCAAAUGAUCAGCUGAGAUCUUUAUAUUCCCAGAUCCGUCCCAAUGCAAUUGCACUUGUCGAUGCAUUUAAUUACACUGAUCACUACCUUGGGUCGGUUCUCGGACGCUAUGAUGGAAAUGUGUAUCCCAAACUUUAUGAAGAAGCAUGGAAGGAUCCUCUGAAUGACUCGGUUGUGCCUGAUGGCUACCAUGAAUAUGUUCGCCCUAUGCUGAAGCAACAGCUUCGUAAUGCAAGACUCUGA